AUGUAUAGAAACGUCUCGAAAACGAAAAAAACUGGCGCAACUAUAAUCCCCAUCCUGCUCUCAUCGGACAAGACCCAAGUCACGAUGUUUCGAAACAAGUCAGCGUACCCAAUUUACAUGACUAUCGGAAACCUCCCCAAAGAAAUACGACGACAACCCUCUCGUAACGCGCAGAUACUUGUCAGUUAUCUUCCCACAACAAAGCUGGAGCACAUCACCAACAAAGCAGCACAGUGUCGUUGUCUUGCGAAUCUUUUUCACGCAUGUGUCCGUCACAUUGUUGAGCCACUCAUUGUGCCAGGCAAGGAUGGGAUGUCAAUAGCCAGUGGCGAUGGAGUCCUUCGUCGUGGUCACCCUCUUUUGGCCUGUUAUAUUGGAGAUUACCCAGAGCAACUCUUGGUGACUGGGAUGAAGACUGGAGAGUGUCCGAAAUGUGAUAUACCUUCGACGGAGCUUGGGAGCAAAGAUCUACCUUUUGAGAUGCAUCCGACUCAAUUCACCAAGGCUUGUCGAGAUGCAGGUAAGGUUUUUUGA